GAUACAAUCCCAAAUGGACUUUGCUUUCAAAGAAUCCAUACCAAAGAAGGAAGAAGAAGAUGAACAAGCUCGUGUUCAAAUUUGGAACUACAUAUUUGGUUUCGUGGAAAUAGCAAUUGUAAAAUGCGCCAUAGAACUCAAAAUUGCUGAUACAAUCGAAACCCAUGGAAGCUCCAUGACACUCUCCCAAUUAUCCUUAGCUUUAAAUUGUUCUUCCUCACUCCUAUAUCGCAUCUUAAGAUUCUUAGUCAAUCGUGGAAUAUUCAAACAAGAAAUCACUGAAGAAAAUCUCACAAGCUAUAGCCAAACACCUUUGUCUAGGCUGCUUGCAAGUAGCAACAACAACAGUAUGGUUCCACUUGUUUUAUUGGAGAGCAGCCCAGUGAUGUUGGCGCCAUGGCAUAGACUCAGCGAUCGGAUUAAAGCCAAUGAAGGAACCCCAUUUGAGGCAGCUCAUGGCAAAGAUUUGUGGAGCUUUGCAGCAGCUGACCCAAUACACAACACUAUAAUCAAUGAAGCCAUGUCAUGUACUGCAAGGGUUCUUACAGUGCCUGCAAUACUUGAAGAUUGUCCAGAGAUUUUUGAAGGAAUUGGAAGUUUAGUGGAUGUGGGAGGAGGAAAUGGAACUUGCUUGAGCAUGAUAGUCAAAGCUUGCCCUUGGAUUAAAGGCAUCAACUUAGACCUUCCUCAUGUCAUUUCUUCUUCACAAGAAUACACUGGUGUACAACAUGUUAGUGGGAGUAUGCUUGAUUCCAUUCCCAAGGCUGAUGCUGCUUUCUUCAUGUGGGUUCUACAUGACUGGGAUGAUGAGACAUGCAUCAAGAUUUUGAAGAAUUGUAGAGAUGCAAUUCCAGAAAAGACAGGAAAAGUAAUAAUUGUAGAAGCAGUUAUCGAAGAAAAAGAAGAAAAUAAUCUAUCGGAUGUUGGAUUAAUGCUAGAUAUGGUGAUGAUGGCUCAUACCAACAAUGGAAAAGAAAGAACAGCUAAGGAAUGGGGUUAUGUUCUUCACCAAGCUGGUUUUACUCGAUACACCAUCACACCCAUUCGAGCUGUCCAAUCUGUAAUUCAAGGUUUCCUUUGAUAUAUCAAUAUCCAAAAAGCUCCUUCUUUAGUAUCAAAUAUCCAAAAAGCUCCUUCUUUACUUCGUACAAUAAUGUAGCAUCGUACAAUAAUGUAGCAGUGGAGAGGAUCGAACUUCUGAUCAACCUUUGCUUCAAGUUAUAAUAUCUUAUUACUACUGUGUGUUAUGUUCUUUUUUUUUUCUUUUUUUAAUAAAUAUACGAGGUAGGAAGGAUUAGUAGAUGCACACCAAGACAUCUCAACUAAGUUGACACAUACUUGUGUGUCACAUUCACGUUAAUUUUUACGAAAGUCG